AUGGCGGUGAGCUGCGUCAACACCGGCUUUGCAGAAGCAAGUUCCAUCUCUCUGCCCAUGUCUGUGAUUGCGGUGUGUGAUUCGGUCGAACAUGACGCCCUGAUAAUCAGCAUCGACGGAAAAGCUCGACGUGAAGACACCAGUCUUGCGCAGGUAGUUUCUGGAAGAUAUUCUGGACCGAACUCUGAGUUCAAUGGUGCGCCAGGUUCAGUCCGCCAGCCCCCACCGACGAAGGAAAGAGCAACCAUUGUCGCGGCUAGUAGUGCCGUGAAUUUUGCUGCAACGGUCAUCCAACACAAUAUCGAGAUCCAAAAAGUCAUCAUAAUGACCCACUGUGACUGGCUCAUCGACCAUCGCCUGAAGAGUAUAGGUUUGGCUUAUCGUGGCUUCCGUCAGCUCAAGGAAAGUAAUGUGGCCGUGCUCUUUUGGAAAGUUGCAGAUCACUUGAUUCCAGAGCCUGGUCGUCCAGCUAAUGACUCUUGUGAUCGAUUCAAGAGCGACCCAGAAGCGCAGUACGAGUGGGAGACUUGGUAUGGCCGCCAUAUCUUCACGAUGAUGCUCAGGCAAAUGAUGAUCAAGAAUGCCGAGGACGAGGGGUAUGAUGGUGAAAGCAGUGACAACACUCAAGCAUGCCCAUGUCCAAACUGUGGCCUCUAUGGCCAGGAUAUCGCAAAUCGGUCUCGCAAAGAGGAAUGGAACAGAAGAGAUGAAAACACUUGUCUCUGCUCCAAUUGCCGUGAGUUUGUUCGGACUCAUGGCAACCCCAAGGACAACGCAGCCAAGAGAACCUUGGGUGAGGAGAACUUCCAGAAGCUCGACCAGCCCGUCAUGGCAAAGUCGGGUGAGAACGAAAUCACCAAGUCCAACACAACGCCUGAGGGGGAGCACGCUACGGUGGAUGAGGUUGAUGUCGAGAUGAAAGAUGAGUUGUGA